AUGGAGAGAUUAGUGAAGUUGGUUCAGUUUUUAGUUAUUAAUAGCAUUCUCAUCCACGCCAUGGAGCAUAACGAGUUUGUUGGUUCGGGGAUUGGAAUAAAUAAUUUGAGAUCGGUGUUACCCAACGGGGAAUUACCCGAACCUCAUCCUGUACCACACGUUAAUCCACAUGAAAUACCGAAUGUUGUACCACAACUUAAUCCAAAUGUUGUACCGGAAGUAAAUCCGGAAGUAGUGCCACAGGUAGUUAUUGGCCCUAAUGCAGAUCCAGCAAUUGAGGUUAUUUUACCCAGUGCACCCACUGGGGAAAUUGGUCCUACAGAACCAAUUAUAAUUCCUGAACGUAUUCCACCACUCAUAAGUCCCAUCGUAAGUCCAAACAGUGAAUCAGACGUUACUGAAACUAAUGAAAUUGGGGUAACAGUAACUCAGGAGCCUAAUGAAAUUGGUGUAACAGUAACUCAGGAACCUACUGUGGAAACUGUGGCUGUAAAUGAGGAAACUGGGGAAAUUGGGGGAGUACCGGAAAUAUCCGUGGGAGUACCGGGAGAGGGGAGUAACAUUUUAUUACUCAAGGAUUCCGAGGGCAGGGAUGUUGCAUUUGAGAUCCUGGGAAACAAAGGCGAAAAAACCUCAAAAGAUGAUACCGUCACACUACUCUACGGAACUCUCACAUACCAAUUUCAAGACUCAAACGAAGAUCUUACAGGUCCGAUGCCUGCAGUGCUGUUGCAUGAUAAAAGUACGGGAGAGGUUGUGAUUACAGCGGGAAGAUCUGAUGACGCCGAACCAGGUGAUGCGCCCGCGGAUCUCGAUACGGCCGAGGAAAUCAUUGAAAGCAAAGAAGACACCGAACCCAUGGAAAAAGAAUUCACAACACCACAACCCACAAUACCACAAUUCACAACACCUAGGGGUACAACACCGAGUGUUACAGUGUGUAUGGGAGCUGAGGGUGGUCCAGUGGAGAUUGAGGACAUAUGUGAGGAUAAUCCCUUUGACCCGGUGAUGAAGAGAAAAACGCGUAAAACGUUGUAUACGGAUGAGUUAAUGAGGGAUGUGAUUUUUGGCCCAGACGCUAAGUGGAUGAAAAUGCCCAGCAUUCUACUGACCCUGUGGCCUAACUCAAAUAGUACAGACCAGCCCUUUUCAUACAUGAAGGAAUAUGUAAACAAGGACAGAGUAGUCAAGGUGCUGAACAUGGAACUGGUGGAUUUGUGUAAGCUGACCGGUGAUUAUUACGCCUUUAAAAUCGCUCGCGGGACGACUAAUAUUCCCUUCAUCGUCAGCAAACAGGCGGGAGAUGAAAUUAUCUCACUCGCAAACGCUACGCCCAUUAAGGGCUCAGGCGCCAUUGCCAGUAGUGGUUACAUGGACCGCGGUGAUGUACAAGUACCCAUAGAAAUAUUCGGUACCACCGCAGCAAGUUCUAACUUCAGGGGUCCAAGUACCACUGCAGCAAGUUCCAAUUCUAGAGGUCUAGGUAUGGGAGGUCCCGGUACGGGAGCAGCAAGUUCCAAUUCUAGAGGUUUCAGUACUACAGCAGCGAGUUCCAAUUCUAGGGGUCUAGGUACGGUAGGUCCCGGUACGGGAACCAGACCGUUUGUUGGUACGGAUAGAGUAUUUUAUGCAGCAGAAGUUGGUGUGGAUGAAGUCGAUUCUGGAGCACUGGAGUUCAUUAAGAAAUACAUUGAAAUCAAUGAUGCAAUUACCAAGUCUAAACCCUCAGCACCAGUAGCACCCAAUGAACCUAUUAAUACUGAUGAAACAACUAUUACCACUGGACCUUCAAAUACUGUGCCAAAAGCAUCUGCUGAAUCUGCUUCUGAGGCUACUAAUGCCAAAUCUGCUGCUGAGGCUGCUACUGUGGACCAUUCGAAAUCUGGAGCUAGGCCUAAAGUACCAACUAGGCCCAAAACAUUAACUAUACCCAAAACACUCAGUGAACCAACACCCGGGCGUAGUGCUUCAACACCCGGGCCUAGUGCUUCAACAGCUGGACCUAGUGCUUCAACAGGAACUGAACCCAUGUCAACUGAAUCAACACAAGCAACAGGUGUAUCAGUGGGAACAGAAGUAUCAGAGAGAACAGGUGUAUCAGUGGAGAGUGAAAAGUCGAGUAGAGGAGUGGGAAUAAUGCUCGGAGAGUUCAGCGAAGAAGAUACCGAAACAGAACAAAACUCUUAA